GUAAAGACAAAAACGCUACUCCGAGAAAAGGUUUGGUUUCCGAAUAUUGACAGUAUAGUAGUAAGCUUGUGUAAUUCUUGUAUUCCGUGCCUUAGCACAUAUGAUGCAAAACCGCGUGAAUCGUUGAAAAUGACACAAUUGCCGGAUUCAAAGUGGUCUCACUUAGCGGCUGAUUUUUAUGGCCCAUUUCCAUCCGGGGAACACCUUCUUGUAGUCAUAGAUGAGUACUCCAGAUUCCCGGAGGUCGAAAUAAUUAGGUCACUUGCAGCAAAGACUGUCAUUCCGGUAUUAGAUAAAUUAUUUUCAUCGCGAGGAAUACCGGACAAGUUCAAAACUGAUAACGGCCCACCAUUCAAUGGAGACGAAUUUAAAGCUUUUGCGCGUGGUCUAGGGUUUAAACACCAAAGAAUAACUCCAUGUUGGCCAGAGGCCAAUGGAUGUGCGGAGCGAUUCAUGAAAACAAUUGGCAAGGUGUGCAAAUGCGCCCAAGUGGAAGGUAAAUCAUGGAAAAAAGAACUAUACAAAUUCUUACGUAACUAUCGCGCCACUCCCCACACGUCGACUGGCAUCCCGCCAGCAACGAUAGCAAAUGGUAAGCCGUUAAAAACUAAGCUUCCACAGAUACCUGAGGUUGGUUGUAUGCCAGAAGUGAUACAUGACAAAUUAAAACUCAAUGAUAAACAGUCAAAACAAAAAAUGAAAACACAUGCUGAAAUUAAGCGAAACAUAAAACCAUCUAGCAUCCAAGUGGGUGAUAAAGCAUUAAUCAAAAACUUAGAGAAAGGUAAAUUGAAGCCUAAAUACGAAGCUAAGCCUUUCACAGUAGUUAAGGUUAAUGGUGACAUGGUCAUUGCAAAAAGAGGCAGCGAAACAAAGGCAAGGAAUAAAAGCUAUUUUAAGAAAAUAGACAAAGGUGGUAUAGUAAGGGAAAAUGCACUACCAACUAGGGAUACACAUUCUCAGGAUUCUCGUCCAAAGAGGCGUAUCACUCCACCUAACCGUUUAGACCUUUAAUAUAGGCUACUAUACACAGGAAAGAAUUACUACACGAUAAAACUCACGUGUAAAGUACUUUAUGAGGUUUAUUGUUCAUCAAAAAAAAUAAAUAAAUAAAUAAAAAAAAAAUAAAAUAAAAUAAAAUAAAAAUACAACGUAUAUAUCACUAAAUGAAGUCUGUACUUGUUCUUACUUAACCAAAUGUUUAAA